GUGCUUACAAGGUCAGACAUGCGGCAUUUGCGCCUGGAGACGAAGACUAUUGAUUCAGCUGCGCGAUUUGGCGCGAAUUUCUCCCGCGGACUGUAAAGUGAUUGCCGCCCAACGAUGAUGAUACUGUGAUUAGCCCAGGGACGCCUACGUCAUCAGGAUCUCCGCAGGGGAGAUACGCGCUGCGUUAAAAGCGACCAAUGGGAGACGAGCCUGCGUGAACUUGCGCGCAGUUCUGUGUGUCCGCGCUCACGCGGACUUGGCUUUUGGCUCAAGAGAUUGAAGCGGGAAGAAAUUUCAUCACCAACUGUCUGAUCAUGCAAGCAAGCGACAGAUGUUGAGACAACAUUAUCCCCUACCUCAAGCUUAAACCUCCACGCCACGGUUAAAAUCUCUCAGACUGUAAUUCAAUUAUAACAACAACCCAGACUGCAGUUGCUAAGGCAACGCUGGAUUUAACUUCUAGGGUUGAUACGAAGAAGACGCCUCACCUGGAUCAAGCAGGUCGAGGAUUCGCAAUCCUCAAAACCCUCUCCCUUCAAACUUCCUCAAGAACACAAAACUCCAGAUUGGUGUCGGACUUUGGUGGGUGUGGAUAUUAGAGUUAUCGUGAAUCGGUGUAAACCAGGCUCGGGGUAUUUGUAUACCUCGUUCCAGGUUUAAGUCACCGUAUAAGACUCGAGACACGCUGGAAUAUUUCGUACUUGCCCUCUCGCGGGCCAAGCCCAUCAACCAAGUCCGGCGAGUCUGGAACCACCGGGAAGGGCGCCACGCCGACUCGGGAGCCGACAUCCAAGAAAUCGAAGGAGGGGACGGGAGAGUGGGCGGGUCUGAUUCGCUGAGUAGGAGGCGUCAUCACCGCCACGUGGAGACAAUUGAUGAGAUGGAUGGCAAGGAAGGAUGCGUCUUGUGUCUGAGAUGUCUGAUGGUGUUCUUCAACACGUUACUUUGGUUAGCCGGAGUCGCUAUGCUAGGAUUCGGGCUAUGGCUUCGCUACAGUCAGCAAUUCUUCCCGAAUCUGACGCCCUCUGGCGACGAAGAGGCGGUGUCAGCCGUGACGGCUUACAACAUCGGAACCUACGUCCUGAUGGCCGCUGGGGGCGUCAUCAUGGCCAUUGGAAUUCUGGGAUGCUGUGGGGCUAUCAAAGAGAGUCUCUGCUUACUAGGAUUGUAUUUUGUGGUGCUGUUCCUCCUAUUCGGCAUGGAGGUAGGAGCCAGCGCGUGGAUCUACCUCAACAGGGCGGAGCUAGGCAAUAAAGUAGGCGACUAUUUCGAGUUACUCGUCACGGAGAAAUACGCAGACGACGAGGCAUCGCGUGUUGCAGUAGACUACACACAGUCUAGUUUGGAAUGCUGCGGUGCCAACGGACACGAAGAUUGGCUGGACUCUGGCCAGGUCAUUCCGAGGUCAUGCGGAGUGGUCAACUGUACGUCUGAUUGCCGACCCGAUGAAGGACUCCAUACUGAUGGGUGCAAAUCCAAAGUCAGCGAGAUCAUUCAAGGCAACAUAUUCACUCUAGUCGGGGUGUGUAUAUCGGUAGCAGUCGCACAGAUUUUGGUGAUGAUCCUCGCAGCGUGUCUGUGCAAAGCCAUACGUCGGGCCGACUUGGAGUACGACAAAUGUGGCACCGUCUGAAGGGCGCCCUCAUGCGGCAGACUGACACCACAUCAAAGGGCGCCCUCUGGGGCAUUAUCACGUGUCCGUUCAAUUAUUUUCGUGGGACUACUUACACAAACCAUGAUAACCAUCAUCAGUUAAGAGACAUAAUUUCGAGGAAACCAAAAGAACUAUUGUUCGGGGUAUGUUUUGUUCGUCAUAUCAAGCGAUCGAAAAUUUGUAAUAAAAAACCGUAUCCUCUCAGAGUGAUCCCAUUUGCUAUUUCCAAGGUUUGCAGCAUUGCUAAUGUUGCUAGCAUCGUGACUUUGGGCGUGAUUCCUGGCUACAUGGCAUAUUUGGGUUUAUGGCUUCUGACUAUCGCCCCUUGAACAAAGAUAUUGAACAAAGGGGGAACCGCCAACA